AUGCAUCCUUACCAACUCGAUGGACUCAAAUGGCUUGUCAAUCAACACGAUACGGGCGCAGGUGGUAUUCUUGGAGAUGAGAUGGGGCUCGGAAAGACGUUGCAAGUAAUAUCCUUGCUUGGAUUCCUGAAGACUGUGCGGGGAGAAGAUGGGCCUCAUAUCGUCAUUGCCCCCUUGUCUGUCAUGAAUAAUUGGGUGACAGAAAUCAAGCGAUGGUGCCCCCAACUUCGAGCUGUUCCUUUCCAUGGCCCACAGUCAGAGCGAGAAAGAAUCAAGAGGGAGAAGCUCAUCUACGGCAAAUUCGACGUGAUGUGCACAACAUACGAGAUGCUGGUUGCGGAUACGUACACCUGCCAGAGGUUUCACUGGGGAUACAUCGUCCUCGAUGAAGCUCAUCGAAUCAAGAAUGAAAAGACCCAAAUGGGUCAAGCAGUGCGGAGGUUACGUUCCUCUCACAGACUACUGAUCACUGGAACUCCUUUGCAAAAUAACAUGCACGAACUGUGGUCCCUCCUCAACUUCUUGUACCCAGAAGUGCUAUCGAAUGCGGAUACUUUUGACAAGGAAUGGAAAUCGAAUUCCAAACCGGAGGAGAAUUCUUCUCCGCUCAAUGAAAAGUUGUUGUCAGCAGCACACGCGCUGUUGGGGCCGCUCAUGUUACGGCGGCUCAAAAGCGAUGUCUUGUCAUCUAUGCAGAUCCCACCAAAGACUGAAAUCAAAAUUCUAGUUCCUCUCACAGAAAUGCAACGAUUCUGGUACUCCAAGAUGCUUACUGGAGAAUGCGCAAGUCUUGCAGGCAGUGGGCAAACGGACGCGUACAAGCGAUUGAACUCACUAGUCAUGCAGCUCAGAAAGGUGUGUAACCAUCCCUACCUGUUUGAAGAGGCGGACGUGAACAGCGGAUGGACCGACGAGGCUAUCGUGCAGGCUUCUGGGAAAAUGAUAGUGCUGGACAAACUUUUAACGAAGUUGCAGAAAGAGGGAAGAAAGGUUUUAGUCUUCUCUCAAUUCACCUCAAUGCUGGAUGUGUUGGGAGAUUUCAUGCACUUUCGAAGAUACAAAUUUCUUCGACUGGACGGAUCGACCUCCGUGGCCCGUAGGCGAUACGAGAUAGCUUGCUUCCAAAACCCGAAGUCUGACUACUUUGUCUACCUCAUCUCAACGAGGGCAGGAGGCCUGGGGAUCAACUUAACUGCAGCUGACACAGUCGUACUCUACGACUCCGACUGGAACCCAUCCAUUGACUCUCAGGCUCAAGAUCGUGCUCAUCGCUUCGGGCAGAAGAAACCCGUCUCGGUCUAUAGGUUGAUCUCAAGACACACCGUUGAGCAGAGAAUCCUACAGGUCGCAGAGAACAAAAGUUGUAUGAACGCGAUGGUCAUGCAGGAUGGCGGGCCUGAAAUGGAGGGAGUGUCGGGCCCAAAAGGAAUGUCCAUGGCAGAGAUCGUCAAGAUGAUUGAGUAUGGGAUGCGCUGCAUCGUAUCUGGCGACAAUUCGAAGGACGUGGACGAGUUGAGAGCAGCAUCCUUCGAUGAGAUCGUUGAUCGAGCCAAGGCUGACCUAGAGAAAGAGCGCGCAGAAUUUGAGGUAAUUGAAUGCUGCCGUUAG